GCCCACGCCCUGCAUCGCCACUCCCUCAUACAGCCACAGGUAGAAGGCAGCGGCGUGUGCUUCACCUGGCCACCUUUACCUGGAAACGCGGAUAUUUCCAAACUUUAAAAAAAUGCUCACUCCAUCAAGACAAUGACUGUUUGAGAAAACAAGCCAAUAGUCAGGGAAAGGUUCCAAAACACGUAGUAGUUAUGGAGGAAGUUUUCGGUAGCCUUGGGCGAUGUUCUUGUGCAUUUUGGCUGGCCGUGGCGUUUGACGUAUUUGGCCUAAUAAUUCUAUUAGUAGGUGUUUUUGCAGACCUUUUCUUCUAUGACUUUCUUAUAUAUGCAGGCGCCAUAAUCAUUUUCUUGAGUCUUAUAUGGUGGGUUUUUUGGUACACCGGUAACAUUUCGGUGCCCCCCGAAGACCUCGAGGACGACGUCGGUUUGUUGAAAAAGGACCGAGGUUUUGUUGGUGUUUUGCGGAGAAUGUCCAGCCGCCUUUCCAACGGAAUUAGGAAUUCUAUAAGGAGAAACGGGACCACAGGUGGUCAGGGAACGAUGCCCGGGCACUCUGCUCAUAGACGACAUGGCGCUCGCCAGGUACCGGUGACUCUCCCAAUGACUCCUCAAGAGGACGUGAAGACCGUGUCUGCCACAGUGGUAGGAGAAAGCCCAGUACCAGACAGCCGCGUCGCAGAGACCUCAGCCAUAUGACCACUUACAGCACUCAACAGAAGAGGAAACGUUCAGGAGGAGUUAAAUGUUAAAAGCCGGUUUAAAGCUGUGUGCUUUAUGCUUUUUGUAGUUCAUGUUAUUAAUUUGUUUACAAUGUCAUGUAAAUUUUCUCAAAAUUGCCUGCUUUAAUCUGAUCUUUAAUCUAAUUUGAUUCUUAUUUUUGUUUUGUGCCUUGGAAGGUAUUACAAACUACCAAAGAGCAGCUUUAAACUACAGUCAUUACCAUAAUGGACUACACUAAUGGACAUGUCGAUGUUUUGCAUAAAUUUCAUUCAAUUUAAAUUUUAAAUUAUUUUUUAGUGAAAAUGUAGGCUAUAACUGUUUUUCAGGUGCUGCCUUUAGAGUUAUAGAUACACAGUCAGGUUGUAAGAGAGUUGAGGACAGUUUUCAUCCUAUGUCACAUGCCUUAUUUGUCUCAUUGUUUACAUGUGCCCAAAACAUGAUACUUAAUUGCUAUGUUUCUGUUUUUAAAAUUCAAACAAUUGCAGGUUUUUUUGUUUGAUUGUUUCUUUUUUAUGUAGCCUCAUGUUUAUAGACAUAACCCAGCCUGCAAAAUCCUACUACAUGUGCUUAUUUCCAGAUGCUGCACAAAAUUGUGAGAACUGCAAUGAACACCUUGAAGCUUGGUAAAAUCUACUGGUUA